AAACAAAAGCAACCACACGAAAAUAUAACAUAUUUUUAAUAAUUAUUAAAUAAAAAACAAACGACAUGGAGAGUUUAGCGGAAUUUGUGCAAUUUUUGCAACCAACACAAAGAUUGGAUUUAAAGGCGGUGGCCCUAACACAUGUAUUGGGUCUUACUGGAUCGCCUGAAGGAAAAUCUGCUAUUUUAUCACUGGAUGAUUUGAUUAUAGCUAUAUUUAAUUUAACUGCUGAUCCAACUUUGGCCAUUUCAAAAGAUACCGUUUUAUGUUUGAUAAAUCUAACAGCCGAUGAGGAGGGUGCUAAAAAAAUUUUCCAAACGGCUAAACAAGUGCAUCCUAAAUUUGAUAUAGUGGCCGCUGCCGUUACACAUAUUACUGAUGAAAAUUCUGAAUUAGCUGAUCCCUGGACUAUGGUUUUAAGUAAUCUUUCUCGCGUUGAAUCGUUGGCUCAUGAAAUUCUAGAUGAGUUGGAAAAAGAUCCCAAAACUCUGCUGAAUUUAGCAAAAGCUUUUGCUAAACUGGACUAUAAUAAAAAGAAGGCUAAAUUACACUAUUUGGCUCCCAUUUUCUGUAACAUGACUCAAACUACUAGGAGUCGUGAAUUGUUUUGUCACAAUAAAUACAAUCUAUUAGACAAGAUUCUACCUUUUGCCUCUUAUGAAGAAUCAAUUAUACGACGUGGUGGCACAAUUGGUAUUUUGAAGAAUAUUUGCUUUGAUCCCGUGUACCACGACAUAAUUCUAAGGGAAACCGACGACAUACUUUAUGCCAUUUUGUAUCCACUCUGUGGACCGGAAGAGUUUUCGGAUGAGGAGAAUGAAAUGUUGCCAUUGGAGUUGCAAUACUUACCCGAAACCAAGACACGCGAAGAAGAUCCAGAUUUGCGUAAAAUGCUAUUGGAAUCAUUGCUACAAUUGUGUUCAACAAAAAAAUCGCGAGAGCAAUUGAGACAAAAAGGUGUCUAUGAAAUUCUUCGCGAGCUACACAAAUGGGAAGCCAAAGAGGGCAAAGACAAGGAAUGUCUACUGGCAUGCGAAAAUGUUGUGGACAUUUUAAUAAAAAGAGAAGACGAAAUUGGUUUGGACGACUACAAACAGGUGGACGUACCCGAAGAUGUGGCCGUUAAGUUUGUUAAAGAAGAUAUGGAUUAUUUAGAGGAUCUGCUGUAGAUGUUGAAAUAAAACUACAAACGUUCCAUUAUUACUGAUUGUUUUUGUAAUAGAUUUCUUUUUAGUAAUAAUUUAUUUUGUAAUGCAAUUUUUUUUUGUUUAUUAAUUUUUGAUUUGAUUUUUUUUGUAUUUCUUUUAGAAGCAAAUGCUUUUAAAUGCAAACAAUAAAUAUACAUGUACAAUAAAUGUAUUUUUUUUAAAUAUA